UAUUUCCAGCUUUGUGGCUUUCACUUCCACUUCUCCCAGGUGGGCGGAGUGGCCUCCUGUGGACGAAUCAGAUUUCUCCUCAGCACCAGCUUCAAGAGGUGAGCCGGGGGUUGUGGGUCUCAGACACGCAGGCUGAGGAAGUGACAGCAGCAGCAGCAGCAGCAGCAGAACAAGAACCCCGAGGGAAGACCAGAGGCCAGGGCCAUGGAAGACCAGCGCGACCUCAUCUCCAACCAUGAGCAGCUGCCCAUCCUGGGCCAGCGCCCCCAAGGCCCAGAGAGCAAAUGCAGCCGUGGGGCCCUCUACACUGGCUUCUCUGUCCUGGUGGCUCUGCUCCUGGCAGGCCAGGCCACCACCGCCUACUUCCUGUACCAGCAGCAGGGCCGGCUGGACAAGCUGACGUUUACCACCCAGGGUCUGCAGCUGGAGAGCCUGCGCAUGAAGCUUCCCAAGCCGGCCAUGCCUGUGAACAAGAUGCGGAUGGCUACCCCCAUGCUGAUGCGGGCACUGCCCAUGGAAGGCCUGUCCCAGGGGCCCAUGCGGAAUGCCACCAAGUACGGCAACAUGCCCCAGGACCACGUCAUGCAUAUGCUCCUGAGGACUGACCCCUUGAAAGUGUACCCGCAGCUGAAGGGCAGCUUCCCAGAGAACCUGAAGCACCUUAAGGACACCAUGGACGGCCUGGACUGGAAGGUCUUCGAGAACUGGAUGCAUCAGUGGCUCUUGUUUGAAAUGAGCAAGAACUCCAUGGAGGAGAAGCCCACUGAGGCUCCAACAAAAGAGCCACUGGAAUUGGAGGACCUGACCUCCGGGCUGGGCCUGACCAAGCAGGGUGUGGGUGAAGUCUUCAUUUAAGCACAGCAGAGGCAGCUUCUGACACCAGCCAUCCCUACAUGGCCACAGCUUUCUUGCUCCCCCCGCACCCCCCGGUCUGAGCCCCCCUCCCCCUUCCCUUGUGUCCCUUUCCGUCUCUGGCCCUGCACCUCAUCCCAUCAGAGACCUGGCACCUGGCUCUCCAUCAUCCUUGGACACGACAAUCGUCAGAACAGCACAGACCAUCGACGCAGGAGGGCGCUUGGCAGCCAUGCUGCCCAAUCCCCACCCACCAACUGGCCUAGGCCUGAGGUGGGCCAAAAGCUAGGCUGACCCCUUUCUUGACACCACAGCAGCCUCAACAUGGGACUCCAAGAUCCAGGCCUGCAGUGAAGGGAAACGCGCAGGGAGAGAGGACUACCCCACCCCCAGCCUUGGGCACCUUUGCCAUCCUCCUCUCCUACCUGACCUCUAGUCUCGGCUUCUCUAGCCUAUUUGCCUGGGGACGAGCCACUCUCUUCCCUUUCCCCAGCACCACUCACCCAGGAAGCCAGCCUUUCCACCCACAACCCCUCCUCACUCUCUGCCAACUCCACUGCCCUGUGUUCAGCGCACACCAAGCUUGUCCUCAGCCUCGGCCUGGCUCAUGUAAGAAUAAAAGGUAGUGAGUAGUG